AUGCUGAUUUUGGAAGUCAAUCGGAGCACAUCAGUGAAAUGUGCCGAGAAAGCCAAAGAAGACCGAUUGAUGAGAUGUGACGGAUUUGGGAAUAUCAAAGGUACAAUUGUAUACCUAGCAGUUGGAAAAAUCGCUAUCCCCAAAAAGACGCAGGUUCCCCUAUGUGACGUUGAUUUCUUGUCCCGAAAUGACAGUUUUGAUCAGUUCUACUCUCCUCCAAUAUUCCUGGAAGAGCCAUCAGAGAUUCAAGAAGAUCAUGUCACGUUUUUCUUGGGAAUCUUCAUGCUGAUAUUGGUAGCACUCGGAUGCAUGUGUACGUUAAGUCGACUCGCUAAGCCAAGGUUUUCGGUAAGCUAUGGCAAUAUAGCCAGCUACGAUUUUAUGAUGUGGAUGCCGGCGAAAUCUAAUCGCAGGUCAUCAGUGCUCGUGUACCUGCGCAGGAUUUCCUGUAGGCGACCAUCAGUAACCAAUCGAGAUUCCAACAUCAGUGUUGUAUCAUCGAAUGUUGGGCUUCUACCGUCGUACCAGACAGCCACUUCUACUCCGACUUCGACUUCUGUGUUGUCAUCAUUUCCACCGCCGCCAUAUACGGAAACACAGAGGCUGACCGGCGAAACAGUCUAA